UCAGCCUCCUCUUUGUCUCCGCCUGUCCCAGCCUCCUCCUCCUCCUCCUCUUCCUCCUCCUCCUCCUCUCCGUACUCUCACUCCGCGUCUCCCUCAUCAGCAGCGGUCUGGAUGCUCGCAGGGACUCGAACAUGGCCGUGAAUCUCUCCCAGAACCGGCUGGUCCUGCUGACCGCCUACCAGGACGUCAUCGACGAGACUUCCGACACCGACUGGGCUUUGUACACGUAUGAAGACGACAACAAUGACCUGACGCUGGCAGGAUCUGGAGGGGGGGGCCUGGCAGAGAUCGCGCUGACCUUUGACAGCAGCAGGGUGAUGUACGGCUUCUGCAGCCUGAAGGAGCCCAGCGCCGCUCUGCCGCGGUACAUCCUCAUCAACUGGGUUGGAGAUGACGUGCCGGAUGCACGGAAAUGCGCCUGUGCCAGCCACGUGGCGACCAUCGCCGACUUCUUCCAGGGCGUGGAGGUCAUCGUCAACGCCAGCAGUCUGGAUGACAUCGAACCCUCGGCCAUCGGGCAGCGGAUGACCAACGGGACGGCGGGGGUAGCAAGUCCAGUCCUGGGUCGCCUAAAAACCCGAGAGGAAGAUCACGCAGACGUGGGAACCGUGUACGAGAAGACCAACGCAGAGGUGGAGAUGAAGAAGAUCAACAGGGAGGAGUUCUGGGAGCAGGCCAAGCGCGAAGAAGAGAUGAGGAAGGAGGAGGAGAAGAAGAAGGCUGCAGAGGAGCGGCAGCGUUUCGAGGAGGAGCGUAUGGAGCUGGAGAGAAAGGAGCAGGAAAACCGGGAAAAGAGGUACCGUGAGAGGGAGCGGCAGAUCGAGGAGCACAGGAAGAAGAUGCAGGAGGAGGAGGAGGCCAGGGAGCGAAUGAGGAGCCAGACCUCCAUGGCAGCAGAGCCGAGCCUCGAAGACCUGAACCUGGACCGCAAGGAGUCUGAGGAAGCCAAGGCCAUCAUCGCCCAGCGGUCCGGAAACCCGCGGGAGUUUUUCAAGCAGAAGGAGAGAGCCAUGACCAUCAGCGUGGACACCUCCCCCGUCUCCAUCCACAGGACCGGCCGCUUGGACAGCCCCUUCUUAAGGCGGCAGCACAGCCCCACCGCCAACCCCCCACUGCGGGGCUCCUCCCCCCUCUGCACGCCGCCACCACGAGCUCGGACGCAGCCUGCUGCCAGGGCUGGGAAUGAUGACGAUGAUGAUGCAGCGAGCAGAGAUUCAGCCGCGGCCGCCACCUCCCCCAUUCCUAAAAUCGUCACCACGCCCAUCAAAGAGGACUUCAGCAGGGAGGAGGACCUCUGGGACCCAGAGCCGGAGCAGAAACCGCCGGUCCAGGAGUCGACGGCCACCAAGCCUGUGCAGAGCGUCGCCCCCCAGUCCCGAGACCCCCCCAGCUUCUCCACGUGGGACUCAGGAUCGGACAAGCUGGUCAACCUGUGGGAUGGAAGCUCCGCCCCUAUAUCCAACCUGACCCAGACCUCCAAUCUGGUGGAUCUGAUGGGAGACACGGAUGUUCUCCAUGACGACGCCCCCCCCAGCACCGCGGCGGCCAGCAGCCGGCCUCAGCCUCUCCUCAGCUUCGACGAGGUGGUGGACGGCAGCUUCUGCCCGAGAACCGGCGCCGAGGACGACCCCUCCAGCCUGGUGGACAUCACAGGCUCAGACCAGAUGACCCUCAGCUACCAGCACGCCCUGCAGCACGCGUCCGGGGUGGGGCCACAGCUGGACGACGCCCAGCUGCUGAUGACCAAUGGCGAGCCGUUGUUGAAGGAGGGGACUCAGGCGAGCGAGGGAUAUUUCAGCCAAUCACAGGAGGAGGAGUUUGGCCAAUCAGAGGAGUCUUCGGCUAAACCAGCGCCGGUCUUUUAUAACAGGCCUCCAGAGAUUGACAUCACCUGCUGGGACACGGACCCCGUGGUUGACGAGGACGACGACUAACCAGCCUUUGACAUCAGAUCAUCAGACCAGAAGGAAGCUGCUCAUGAAGAUUUCCUUUUUCUAAAAAAAACAAAAUAACAAAUAAACAAAAAAGUAGUCAUAUUAUUAUUAAUGAUACCAACAAUAAGUCCUGCAUCAAGUUAAGUUCUGUAAUCAUUUUAGAGGAAACAGCUUGAUUGGUUUGUUUUUAUUUAUUUGUUUGUUUGCUGUCAUGGCAACGGUUUGUCUGUGAUUUCUUCCACACUGCUGCAUAUUAGAGACAACAGCGCCACACACUAGUCUGUAGAGCUUCUAUUCAACUAACCCAGAGGAUCAGUACAGCCGCCGUGUUCUUCACUCUUUCUAAUCCCUACCUGAGCAAACUCACCUGUGGAGUCACUUCCUCGUGUAUUAAACCUCACUGUCAUGGUUAAAACGUGGAACUAUUUAUUUAUUCUGGUGUUUGCAGACUGACACUCCCUUACACCUUUUUUAACCGCUCUCCUCCUUUAUAUGAUUCUCAGAUUAAAUGGUUUGUUAAUCUGAUCCUUUUUUCAGUCACCUUUUUUUAUGCUACCCCCUAGUGGACGAGCUGCAGCAUCGCAGUCACACGUUUUCCUUCAGUUUUCUUUCCCUGUGAGUAAAAAGGCGUUUCUGACCCGUCAUGGAUGAACAGAGGCAGAGAUUUCAGGUUUCAGGAGUUUCAGACUGAGGUUCAGAAACCUCCUCGGCACAACUUUGAUCCUCUUGAUGUUGCUACAAACGAGGAGGAAAGAGGGGAGAAAGCGACUUUCUGUAAGGCUGACAGGAAAGUCUGGAUCACCGGUUCUCUGCGGAUUAUCAAUCCUUUCACUUCAUGGAAAUGAGUCAUCAUUUUGAAAAUCUCCUAUUUCAUCACCGUGGAUGAAAAACCAAAAACAACCAGCUUUAAAGGGAAACUCCAUGAAAAUGCAGCAAACGAUGAUGAUGAGGAGGAGAACAGCAUCCUCUGCAAAAAGCAGAGAUGACCCCCUGAGGUUCCUGAACCAGACCCCCUCCCGCCCCGAGCUGCUCCUCCUCUGGCCGCAAACAUCAGCCAAGUCCAAAAUAUAGCAGUACCAGACUCACUGCUCGGGUCACACAGAGAGCAGACGCCCCUUUAUGGGGGCCCGGACCCCACAUUCCCAGAACCACCCCACCCCACCCCCCACCCCCACACACACACACACACUGCAAUGGUCGACAUCGAACCCUCUCUGAGAAUGCACAACACACUGAACCACAGCACGGCUCUGUGAUCAGGAUGGAGAGCGGCUCCUCCUGAACCAGAGGUUGUCAUGGAAACCGGAAAAUGUUUACGAUGAAAAGAACUGGAAACAUCAGAAUAAAAUACGGCGUUUGCUUCUUCUCUGUCACACAAACGUUUUUCAGGAUCAGUCUGAAGAUCCUACGAAGCUUGAGAGAAACGCCCAAACGUUGACCGCCGUCCCCCACCCAGCAGGAAAGGUCUCUGCUGAUGAAGGAAGGUGACGUCCACCUCAGAUCUUCAUCACUUUCUGCAGACCACUGGGGUCAAAGGUCAUGACAGCUGUUCAAUGCUCCACCUUUAGGGUGUUAUUUGCUGUUUGGAUCCAGGCUUUUCCUGAUUUAGGUCUGCAGUGAUGCUGAUGCUGAUCCUGAUCCUGAUCCUGAUUCUGAUCCUACAAUUUGGAACCUCCUGACUUAGACGUCUUCUCUAGUCACCGCGGGUCAAACCCUGAAGGCCUUCCUGACGUCACACAUUUCAGUGGAAAUUAGUGGUCAAAGUUCUGAACAGUUUCAGACUUCCUGUCCUCAGAAGAAGCAGAGCUGAUGUCUGCUGCCGGAGGCGGGGACACUUUCUCUGCAGAUUAUUAUGGUCUGGGCUGACAUUUCUGUUCCAAUUGUGGUUUUUUGGGUAGAACUGCUUUGGCAUGGAAACAUUUUCAACUGAAUUCAGAUCUGCUGAAAGCAGGACCUUCAGACUGAUUUACAGAGGAAAGCGACUCCUUCCUGCUGACGCUCUGAUCUCAUCUGCUUCUGUCAGAAACUUUAUUAUUUUUUAUCUUUUGGCUCUGAAAUGAUGAAGCUGUGGGGGGCUGGGGGGGCUUUUGAAGUCUUUGUCAGGAAUUGGAACAUUUGCAGAAACACUGUUGGAUUUUUCUGUUUCUCCUUGUAGACAAUAAAAGCAAUAAGAACA